UGGCUGCUGCUAUACAUCCGGAUACAUCGGAAACUUGAAAAAUAAGUUUUACAUUUUGAUUUGAUUUCAACUACAUAGUGAGAGUAUCUAAGUAUUAUGAUUUUUUUCAACUUUUAAUAACUUUAAAACAAAUUUUAGUUGAGUAUUUCUGAGCCUUUAUCUCGUAUCCUGUUGACCAACAUGAUUAGAUAAAGGGCGUGAAAACACCUUAAAUAACAUAAUUUUAUAAUCGAAUAUGCCAUGUAGUGAUGUAUGUUUACUGCGAAUUUCUAAGAAGAACUAAGUGAUAGUGUAUUAGGUUUAGUCGGUAUGCGGCACGACUGCAAAGUCAGCCUGUGUUAUGAAUGAGGAGGCUCUGUUGGCACGGGCUUCCGAGGAGCGGGAGCGUAUCUUUCAGAGAUACGAACGCGGCAGAGAGAAUCUCGUCGGUCAAAUCGACCCGUGGGAAGAUCCAGAGUUCGAGGACUAUCACAAAACUGAUAGAUAUGGUUUCAUCCACGAUGAGCGUUUGCCACGAAAAACGGCGCCUCAAAAGAUUAAUGUUGAAGUCGAAAGGGCGAAGAAAUGGGUUAAGAUGCUGGCAUCCUGGAAUUCUCCUGCUACAAGGGAAAAAUUACAUAGAAGAAUAUAUAAAGGCAUUCCAAAUUCUCUAAGAAUUGAAAUAUGGUGUAAACUUUUAGAUGUAAAUCGAGUAAAAUCAGAUAACCCAGCAAAAUAUCAAGAAAUGUUGAAAUUAGCUAAAAUUUGGUCGACUGAUGUCAGACAAAUAGAUUCAGAUGUAAACAGGCAGUUUCGUGAGCAUCAAUUCUAUCGAGAACGAUACUCAGAAAAACAAUGUUCACUUUUCAAUGUUCUAUGUGCUUAUAGCAUGUACAAUACUGAAGUUGGUUACUGUCAAGGAAUGUCUGGAUUGGCUGGUGUUUUACUUAUGUAUAUGGAUGAAGAGGAUGCAUUCUGGGCAUUAGCUAUUUUACUGUCAGAUAAGAAAUAUAACAUGCAUGGACUUUAUAUUGAAGGUUUCCCUAAAUUAACUAGGUUCUUAGAGCACCAUGAUAAGAUACUCACAAAGUUUAUGCCUAAGUUAAAAUUCCAUUUUGAUAAGUAUGGACUGGAUGCCAUUUUAUACUCUUUAAAGUGGUAUUUUGUUUGUUUUGUGGAACGUGUACCAUUCAGUUUAUGUUUGAGAGUUUGGGAUAUAUUUUUACUUGAUGGGGAACGUGUUAUAACUGCGAUGGCGUAUACAAUUCUUAAGCUUCACAAAAAGGCUAUUAUGAAGUUAAAUGAUAUGGAUCUUAUUGUGAAUUACAUUCAAGUGAAACUGCAUAAAGACUUUGGUUAUGAAGAUGACAUAGUUAUCUACAAUUUAGAGCGAUCCAUGGAAGAAUUGAAGCGGGCGAAGUUGGACUAUCCUGGUCUACCACCACCGAAUGAGUUACCUAAAAGGCAACUUGGAGUUUUCAUUGAGCCGGAUAAAAAAUCCAAAAUUGGUCAGCGAGCCGAAAAUUUCUCUGAUACAGAGAAACACGCUAGGGCUACUGUGAUUUUAAGACGUGAAAAAGCAGCUGUAGAACUACAGGAGCUCAGGGUGUCUCAAAGCGACACGGUCUCAGAGCACAGCACGGUAGCCGGCGUCCGUUGUGAAGACUCAUUAUCUGUGCUUGGAUCAAGACGCUCUCUAGCGGACACAAGUGUAACCAGUACCGCGGAUUUGAGUGUUUUCUCAAGUGGACGGUCCCACGCGCCAGAGAAUUCAUUAGAUACGCAUAGCAACAUUAGCGAUGACGCUACCGGGUCAGAUGGGUCCGGGAUAUGCGGCUUAAGCAUCCAAAGAGCUAUGUCUACGCCUAGACAGACCGUCCAUUCAACGCCGCGUGGCAGCCCACACCCAUCUUCAGUUUCACCAACAUCGGAGGACGUUGUUCGUAUUCACGUCACUUAUAGCCCACUAGCCGCCAGCCCAUCCCACUUACGGCCCGUGAGUCCUUCGAAAUACAAGUCGUUUGAUGUACAGAAGCCCACCUCUCUAGGUUUUUAUGCUACGAACGGUUCAACUAAUACUGAGAAUACUAUAAGAAUUCAAGUGCCAUCUGAAGAAUUAUUAACACCGAUAGUCGAUUCCGGGCGUAUUAUCACACAAAGAUACAUCGAGUCUCAUUCGGGAAUCUAUGAUAUUAAAUAAGGCUUCUAUUAUAUACAGAUCGCGUUCAUUUAGUGGCAUAACAAUUAUAUACAAUGUUCAAUAUAAUUUAAGAAUGCAAAAUUUCGUUCAUUCCAUAUACUGUGACGCGAUAAUGCCAGUAUUGUUUUACAUAAGUAUUACGUCCAAGUUCUUUAAAAUAGUGUAUUACAAUAUUGGAAAUCUUAUCUCCCUUUAAAACUUAAUCUGUGUAAGCUCCGUUAUAAAUGAAUAACUUUCUGUGUUUCAUUACAGUGUAACCACAAGCGGAUUUAGGUUAGGGAUAUUUAAAAAAAACAAAAGUUAAAGAAAUAUUUGACGAAUUUGUUGCAUACGUUGCAUCGAAUAAAACACAUUACACCGAUAUAUGAGUAUUCGGUAUUCUAUACUAAUAAUUAUUAAAUUAAAUGCAGAAUAAGACAUGGUCACUUAAAGGUCACAAAAUGCUUACUGCUUUAGUAUACGCAAGCCAUAACUUUCUGAUAGACUCUCGCCGCUCAAGGAUUUUAAUAAUUUCGCAACAAAACGAUACCAUAAUAUUACAAAGCCUGAUCUCAAUUAGCUACACUUAAACCUAUUCAUAAAAAUCCUGACCAAAUUGACAUUUUACCAUAAAACUGUUUCUUCUCUUUCUGCCACAAUUGUAAAGUCGCAACAUUUCAAAGGGUCAAGGCAUCAAUCAAGGUAUUCCAAAAUUUCCAGCCUCUCUUUGAUCGGCAACUCAUCGUCUGAGCGUCGCGUCGUGGUCAGCAAGGAAGCACCUGGAGCGGACUAUCUGUUUCCAGCGCUUCUCUUAUGACAGUGUACAGUUUUAGGGACGAUGAGUCUUUCACUUGAUCGGCCACGUGAUGUGUUGCCAUCUGUGUUACGAACCACGAUCAGUUUCUCCAACGCCUCGCUUCUGCGCUUUGUAUGGCCGAAAUAGUAUAUAAUUCGCUAUAGGCACUACAGGCGAGUCCGUAUGCGGAGUUGGGUCGGGAUCGGUGUAUUGGUGCGCUUCGUAGUACACGGUAUUCUGAGCAUUCGCCACCAGCACCACAUCCCAAAAGCAUCGAUCAUUUGCCUUCUUUGAGCCAAGAUGGUCUACGUUUUUACUCCAUGCAGGAAGAUGGGGAAUUCUAGCCCGUAUCAGUCUUAUUUUGGGUUUGAAACCAAUUCCUCUUUUCUUCCAGAUGUAACCUAAACGUGUCAUGGCAUUUUAAGCCUAGAAAAUCUUAACAAGCCAGUUAUAUUAUGGAAUAUACAAUGCUUUGUAAUGUACAUAAGUAUAAUAUCGAAUAAUUAUUACAAUUUUAUUGUAACAUGUAAUAGGUCAUGCGAUUUAAUAUAAAUCUUGCUACGCAUCAUUUAUUUACAAAAAUUAUAUUCUUUUAGCUUUUUCAAAUUAAAUAUGGAUUACACGUACUAUAAAGACAAAAAAUGUUGUCAGUAUAAUAAUGCUACAGAGGGAUUAGUCAAUUUAAAUUUCGACUAAAUGUUGUCUAAAUCCCCAGAACUCAAUCUUAGCUGCCACGACUGUUUUCUUUUCACACUGACUACAUAACCUGAUCUAAAAUACAGAUGAUUGAAACCACGAUUGUGUCAUUGUCGAAAAUUUCAAAUCUUAUACACAUUACAUGAAAUAUAAACAUGUGGACAAGUAUUACAUUUUAACUUGGCACAGUAAACUUAGCUGGUGGUAAACCUCUGCAUCUAGGGCUGUCAAAAUUAUUGCAAAGCGAUUUCUCAAACGCUGCUUAAAUUCCACUGUCAUAAAAAACUACUCUACACUGUUUUUACUAAUUGUGUAUGUUUAAAAGCAGCGCAGUAGAAGCGAGAGUUUGUGAAAAUCCUCGGUUUUGGUUCGUUUUAAACCACUACUAUAGUUCUAUAGUCGCUCAGCAGCAAAUAUUAGGCAAUAGCUUCACGCCAUGAAGUGUUAAGUACGUAACGUUUGUUAUAUGCACCUAUUUAAGCCAUCUUGGCCUAGAAACCUGAGAGAAUUCUGUAGAUUUAUAAUAGUUGUUGAAAUUUUAUCGUUCAAUAUUAGAAAUCUAUCUAACCAUUCAGUGAGAAACGCAAUAAUAUCAGUAUAACUGUUAAAUUAAGUGUAUAUUACGUAUAAAUUUCUUUUUUAGAAAUUGUAAAUAGUCAACGUUUGUGCGAAUUGCACACAUAGAUAUUUAAAUUUUGUAUGCAUAACCAACUUUCUGUAGGUAUAGGAUACUAAAUGCUUACUUUGCGGCCUAAGGUCCAUUGUAUUAAUAUUAAUACUGUAUGGAAUCGUAUCUUUCUCCUCUUGCUCUUAUUGUUUUGCAGUGAGUUAGAGGUCAAUACAUUUAUUUUACACAGUAAAAUAUCCCAAUUACCGCGUAAAAACUAAGCUAAAUAUGUAUUUUGCAUUGCGCUUAUGAUGUGAUGAAAGAACAGUAAAAACUUAGUUUUUAUGAGGGUGAACAAGGCCGUUUUCGGCGUUAAAACAAUCAGCCGAAACAUUUAAAAUAUUUUGCGAUUUUCUAAAAAAAUAAUAGUACAGACCCAGUCACAAUCUCUUCUAUCCUCUUUUAAUAUAGUUAUAAAAAGCAAUAGAAACGCCUUACUCUGAAAACUAAACUUUGUGUUAAGGGCACACAUUAACUACAGUUUUAUCGAUUCUAUGGCUAAAUUAGAGCAUUUUUUCAAUAAAGCCAUAUGCUCAUAUUAUCAUAUUUAUAUUUAGGAAUGCUUUGUGCAUUAUUCUGAUAUGAAUUAAAGAUGCCAUUUAGUUUUUGCGCUAACAACACCUCCGUAAGAUUUUGCAGACCUUUUGACGUAUAAAUAAACGAGUAAUUGUGUGCCCUUAACUGGUUUAAACGUAAUAAAUGCUAUUGAAUUGUAUCUGCAAAUCAAAUGAAGUGAAAAAAUCUCGUAAUUAUUAAACGCGUAGACCGUAAUAGGUAACACUCGUAGCAAAGUAUCUUCGUCGUCACAAACGAAUCACGCAAAUACAAAUCAAUAGCUUUGAUAUUAGAUGGCUAGAACAAAUACAAAAGAUUAUUAUAUACAAAGAUAAUAUUAAUUCGAUAUUACAGUUACACAUAUAAAUGCGAUAUUGUUACAGUUUAGUCCAGACUUUGGUAGAGAAGUUAUUUAUACACGACACAUAUAUUUAAGAAAACUAUAAAUUAUAGAACAGUUUCUCGAGGUCACUUUGGAAGUUUUUUUACAAUAUAUAUUGUAUUUUAUAGUUACAGUUACAAUUUAUAUAAAGUAUGUAUUUAAUUUACAGCACCGACGUUUUCGCUUUAGUCAAAAUGCAAAUAUUGUUUGAAGUUAAAAAUCGUUUAUUCAAAAGUUAUCUUAUCCGAUAUGCAUAUAAGGAUAUCUCUAGAAUUUAAAACCUACUAAACAAAGAGAGAAGACUCAACAGGGCUUAGCUUUCAACUUUACACCAAUAAACCUUCUACGCUGGCCACGAUCCUUCUAUCGUUGUCGUAAACCCUAUUCGAGAAUCAAAGAUAAGUUUUGUUUCAACUGGCUAGCGAUUUUUAUCUAUGGUGGUAUCGGUAUUCUCACUUAGAAGAAUCUCAAUUUUAUCAAUAUGGUUGAGUGAUUUACUUAAAAAGCCAAAACUAUACAAAUUGUUGGUCAGUAUUGUUACUAAGAAACGUCGGACUACAGAUCACGCCCUCUUAUUCAUAAAAUCUAAAAACUCAGGAUAGAGUUUGAGAAUUGAAAAAAGACC